UUUUUAUGAUGUUUACCUCAGCCUCUGCCCGCUUUGGUGGGUGAUUCAUCCAAAACAGUAGAAGAAAAACCCAUAGAUAUUUGUAAUCAGUUCUAGGCUCUUUUUUUUUUAAACACAAUUAGCUCCCCAUCCCAGAAAAAAUUAAAAAAGAAGUAAAAUGUUCAACAAUAUAUUUGGCAAGAAACCCACCGUAAAGGAGCAGCAACGGGAAAACGAUCGGAGCUUAAGGAAAGCUACCCGUGACAUUGAACGUGAACGUUUGAAGUUGGAGCAAGAGGAGAAAAAACUAGAGGCAGAGAUUAGGAGGAAUGCUGCUGCUGGGAACAAUGAUGCCUGUCGGAUACUGGCCAAACAACUUGUGGAGAUUCGCAAACAAAAGUCCCGAAGUUAUGCCGCAGCUGGAAAAAUUCAAUCCAUUGGCUAUCAAAAUAAAAAUAUGGGAGCCAAUAUUGCACUAGGCGAAGCAAUGGGAAGCACAGCGAAGACAAUGGCCACCAUGAAUAAGGUGAUGCGUCCAGAGCAAAUAGCCGGAACAGUGCGAGAUUUUCAGGCUGCAAAUAUGAAAAUGGAGAUGACGGAUGAAAUGAUUAAUGAUACGCUAGAUGAUAUGCUUAACGAGUCGGGCGAUGAGGAAGAAUCGAAUGCUGUGGUCAAUCAAGUGCUUGACGAGAUCGGCAUUGAAAUUUCCGGAAAAAUGUCCAAUAUACCGGCAACAGGUACUUCAUCGGACUUCGAGACAGCGGGCAAACGCACAGAGAAGGAUAUAGCUGACCAAUUGGCAAAGCUGCGUUCCUCAUAAAUCAACAGCCAGUUGCAGUUGCCUUAUCUAAAUCUAUUUAUAUUGAAACAAAAUCAAUCAUUGUUAUAAAUUUAUAUUCACUAGCUCAUAAGCAAAUUGUAAAUGUAUGCAAAACAAAACAAAAAACACAUCCUAAAUGAA